UGACAUCUAUUGUGUUUUUAUUGUUGUAGAAUCUCCACUGUCUGCUGGAAAUGAAGAGGACCCUGGCUCUUCCCAUAACACCGGAGCAGCCAUUCCUCUUGCUGAGCCUGAGAGCUCUGAUCCAGCAGAGACUGAGACCAGGGAUACUGCCAGCCCCACCAAUCUCAAUUGGCUUUCUUUUGUAAGUACAUUGUAAGGGUAUAUAUAUAUAUAUAUACACAUACUUAUUUUCUAACUGUAUACUUAAUGUUCUUUUCUUCAUUUUUCAUCAUGCUUAUGCUAAUUUCUUAAUAUGUCUUUUAGGAUGCCAAGGUGGAGGUCCCUGGAAUGAUUAAUUCUUCAGAGGCCCUGGUGAGCAUUUGCGUUAAAGCAAAUGCAUAUAAACCACCAGUGAUGCCAAUUUUUUCAGGUAAGUAGGAACAUCUUACCGUUUAUGAAGUAUAGUUCAAAUACUGUUCUUACGAUAAUAAUUAACUGUGUAUCAUCAUAUUAAGACUAUUCUGUUUCAUUAUUGCAGAUUUAGAAGCUCCUAGAAUUGAUGCUGGCAUGUCCAAUAACAGCGGAUACAUAGACCCAAUUCAGGAGCAAGGAUCUGAGCCAGAGGAGGCCACAAAGGAUGAUGGGAAUUCCACCUCUUCCAGUCAUCCUUUAGUACUUGACAUCCCUCAGUUUGGCUCAGAUCCAUGUGAUGAAACACAGGGCAUAGAAGGACCAUCUAACAGCCUUGUUGAGCCCAGAUCCCCCACCUCACUUGAAAAUUUCAACCUGGGACAAGUGUUGGGAGAAGGUGGAUUUGGAAGGGUGUUCCUGGCCCAGAACAAAAACACCAAACAACUAUGUGCCAUCAAGGCCUUGGAGAAGGCACAGAUUUUGGAAAAGGGCAACUUGAACAGUGUCUUCAAAGAGAAGGAGAUUCUUCAGAGGAUAAGUCAUGCCGCACACCCGUUCCUGAUAACACUGCACGGAACAUUCCAAACGGAUUCUCACCUCUUCUACGCGAUGGAACAUCUACCUGGAGGUGACAUGUGUGACUUCCUAAAUCAUGUAGAACUGCAAGAACCUGAUGUGAUGUGA